AUGAACUAAUACGAAGGUUAAGAUGGAUAUAUAAACAAAAAUGGAGAUACAUUUUAGACAUGGGAAAAAUAAUAGGAUAUAGAAAACAAGAAGUUAUGCGCGAAUUGUAAUGGAAAAAAUAAUACACAGGAUGUAAAACAAAAUUUGAUUUCCAUAAAUUAAAUAAAAUAAGCAAAAUAGUUCAUCCAGUCAGAUAGAUCCACUUAAAUUUAAUUAAAAUUGCAAUGCUUGAAUAAUUUAAAUGAUUCUGUAGAAUAAUUAAGAAGUUUUUACAUGCAUUAAAUAGGUCAGAUCUCCUAAACUAUUAAAAUCUGGUAAUAAUAGCUUUUGGAUGCAGAAGAUGCGUUUAUAAAUAAACUAUAAUAAGAGGAAUUAAUUGAUUUUCCUUUAUUAUUAUAGUUUAUAAAGGAGUAAUAAUAUGCAUAAAGUCAAGAUUAGAUUGAUAGAAUAAGGUAAAUUAAUGACUUGAUUUUGGGUUUAAAGGAAACAGAUAUAGUGAAAAAGUGUUUAAGUCUCCUUGAAAAUAAUCUUAGUAAGCCUAUUAGAUUUGAAUCACAUAGUUUGAAAGAAAAUAAAAAUAAUGAUGAAGAACUUUCUCUCUUUUGUGAAGAUCAUAAUAAAUAAAUUACUUUAUUUAAUUUAAGUUCAGAAAGAUCUGUCUAAAAACGUAUAGGAUGCUUGGAUUGUUUAGAUGGAACGAUAAAUUAAUAUACAUCAAUCAAAAGAGCCUAGUUUAUGUGGCAUUAGAUAUCAUAAAAAAGAAUAGAGAAAAUGAAUAACCAUGUUGAAAUCUUAAAAAUUAAAUUGAAUUCAAUUAAGGGAUAUUUUAUAGCAAUUCAAAAAGGAUUUAAUUGUGCAAUAGAUAAUGCAUUAAACAAACUGAGUCUAAAUUAUGAGGAUUAUAUUUUAUAAGUUAAUUAGACAAUCAGUUAUUUAGGAAGUCUAUCCUGGUAAUCAAUGACUAAGGAGUAAAUGAUUUCAAUUGCUAAUGAUUUGAGUUAAAUUAAUUAAUCAAGUAUUUUAGAGGAUCCCUUAUUUGAUGAAUUUAGUAUAAAAGAAAAUUUAGUUUAUGAGAUUGCUAAAGAUACCAUGAAAUAGUUGUAAGAAUUAUAAGCAAUAUUUUUUGAUUAAAUCAUUCAUUUAGUAUGUAAGUAAUUGGAUAAGAACAGCAGUAUUACACUUUAAUUACAAUAUUAGAGCGCAAAUAAUAUUGCUAGCUAAAGCACUGACAUUAUUGAUUAAUUAAAUCAAAAUUCCAUAGUUUUAGAACAUAAAUAAUAGGAAUAACAAUUAUCAAUUCAAAUGAAAAAGAGUAAACUAAAUAUCCAAGAUUAAUAAUAAUCAUCACAAUUAAUUUCAAGUAAAGAAAAGUUAUAACAAUUUAAACCUUUCUCAUAUAAAAAAAUAGAAAAAUAUUCUAUUAAAUAAAAUGAAUUUUGUAGAGCAAUAGCUUUCAAUAAAGAUUGUACAUUAGUUGUGGCUGGAUGCAAUAAUCUCAUCAAAGUUUUUGAAUUUUCUUAAGGAUAAUUGAAACAAAUUUAAGUUCUUAGCGAACAUUAGAACGAUGUUCAUACUCUUUAAUUCAUGAAGAAGUCAGCUCAGUUUAUAUCUGGAAGUGCUGAUAAAUCAAUAAAGAUUUGGUCCCUAAAUUAAAAUAAUGAAUGGUUUUGCUAAUAAAAGCUUAUUGGCCAUACACACUAUAUUAGAUGCAUGAUUUUAGAUAAUACCGAAAAUCUUAUCAUAACAGGUAGUCCUGAUAAGACAAUUAAGUUUUGGAUUAAGAAAAAUGAAUGGUAAUGUCAAUAAACAAUAACAGAACAUACAAGUUGGAUAUCAGGAUUAAGUUUGAAUGAACAGUAAAAUCGAAUGAUAUCUUGUGGAGGAGAUAAAUAAAUAUUAAUAUUGGAGUAGUCCUAAAAGAAUUAAAUAUGGACAGUAAUAUAAUAGAUAAUGGUCGAAUAGUAUGGCGAUAGAUUAUGCUUUAUUAAUAAUGAUUUAUUUACAUUUUAACCAUAUUCCCAAGAUACUAUGCUUGUUUUCUAAAGGAAUAAUAAUCACUAGUAUUCCAAAUUAAAAGAGAUUGAUGUUAAGGGUGGCAGUUCAGGCGAUAGUUAUUUAUUCCCAUAAUAAUUUAUUAAAACUAAAAGCAUCCUUUUAAAUAAGAAUGGCUAAAAUAUAAACAUCUUAAGGUAAAGAGGAGAGAGUGACUUUAUAAAUGAAUAUUAGAUUGACUUUGGAACAUACUAUUUAUUUGGAUAAAUGACUGAAGAUGGAGAGUAUUUGAUGACUUGGGAUAAUAAAUCAACAGAAAUUUAAAUCAGAAGAUAUGAUGAGUUAUGA